CUUCCGGGAGUUGUAGUUCUUGUGGGUCGGCUGAGGAUGCCGGGAAGGGCUGGUGGUCCGAGGCCUGGAGCGGUGGUUGCAGUUUGUCACGGCUGCUGGCACCAUGUCCCGCAUUUUGGUGCCUUGCCAUGUGAAAGGCACCGUAGCCCUGCAGGUGGGCGACGUGCGGACCUCUCAAGGCCGGCCUGGCGUGCUGGUCAUCGAUGUCACCUUCCCCAGCGUCGCUCCCUUCGAGUUGCAGGAGAUCACAUUUAAGAAUUACUACACAGCUUUUUUGAGCAUCCGUGUCCGUCAGCACACCUCAGCACACACAACGGCCAAGUGGCUGACCUGCCUGCGAGACUACUGUCUGAUGCCUGACCCACACAGUGAGGAGGGAGCCCAGGAGUAUGUAUCGCUGUUCAAGCAUCAGAUGCUGUGUGACAUGGCCAGAGUAUCGGAGCUACGCCUGAUUCUGCGGCAGCCAUCACCACUGUGGCUGUCUUUCACAGUGGAAGAGCUGCAGAUCUAUCAGCAGGGACCAAAGAGCCCCUCCAUGACCUUCCCAAAGUGGCUCUCCCACCCAGUGCCCUGUGAGCAACCUGCACUCCUCUGUGAGAGUCUCCCAGAUCCCAGCAGGGUAUCCUCCGAGGUGCAGCAGAUGUGGGCACUGACAGAGAUGAUCCGGGCCAGUCACACCUCUGCGAGGAUCGGCCGCUUUGAUGUGGACGGCUGUUAUGACCUGAACUUGCUCUCCUACACUUGAAUGGUGGUUCCUAGCCAAGAUGUUGGCCUUUCUGUGCCCACCCAGACUUGGUUUGGGCCACCAGAGGCUGAAGUGUGUUUCCUGUGCAUUCCCAGUAUUGCCUGCAUGCCUCUUCUGUCUGGGCCACAUUCACAGAUUCAAGAUUCUUGAGGGCUUACUGUGUCGCUUCAGCAUGAGCUCCUGGCAGGGGUGUGCUCUGUCUUCACCUGGCUGCAACUAAAUUCUUCCUUCUACCCAAAAACACUCCAGUUAGUUGUGCUUACUAAGAAUCCCUGAGUGCCCUCUGCCCCUCCUAUCAACAUGCACAUUCCUGUCUUCUGCUAGCUCCCUCACCUCAGUGCAGUUGGGCUGGGCUGACCUACUAGAACCUGCUCCAUUUAUGGACCUGGAAAGCCAUUGCUGCCAUGGCACUUGGGACACUUGAGGAAGAAACAGAAACCUUAUUUCUUCCUGUGUGUCCCCUAGUGGUUUUCUUUCCCUUUGUGUUAUGCCACAGAAAGAAAUGUUCUGCCUAAACUCUUCUGCUGCUUGCCUAGGAAGUAAAGCUGAAGAUUAGGGCAGCCUGAGUUUCUUGGUUUUGAGCUGGCUCCUGAAUAUAUGUUCAAAUGGGUGUGCCCAUAGGGCCUGGGCUGAGAGUAAGAACUGGGACCUCUCUGCCAUCUGAUACAGCCCAAAGAAACAUCCCUAUCCUUUCUGCCAGUUGCCCGUUUGCUUUUUUUUUGAGACGGAGUUUUACUCUUGUUGCCCAGGCUGGAAUGCAGUGGCAUCUCCGCUCACCAAAACUUCUGCUUUCUGGGUUCAAGCGAUUCUCCUGCCUCAGCCUCCCAAGUAGCUGGGAUUAUAGGCAUGUGCCAUGAUGCCUGGUUAAUUUUGUAUUUUUAGUAGAGAUGGGGUUUCUCCAUGUUGGUCAGGCUGGUCUAGAACUCCCGAUCUCCACCUGCCUCAGCCUCCCAAAGUGUUGGUAUUACAGGCAUGAGACACUGCGCCUGGCCUGCCCCUUUCCAAGAUACAUGCUUAGCCUGAUGAGAGCUCAACCAUGGUGGGUGUGGGUCCAAAUAAGGGUUCUCAUUGAUGCCUUUUUUGUUUUGUUUUGUUUUUCUUUUUGUGGAGAACGGGAUCUCACUAUAUUGCUGAGGCAGGUUUCGAACUCCUGGGCUCAAGCUUUCCUCCUGCCUCUGCCUCCCUAAGAGCUGGGAUUACAGGUGUGAGCCACAGCGCCCGGCCUCACUGGUGCCUUUUAAGAGGCCUAGGUCCUCCAUUAACUCAGGCCAACCAUUAUGUGAUGCAGGCUGCUUUUCCUUCAUGUGAGAAAACCCUGUGUCCCUCUGAUUCUUCCUGGCUUUGCCCCUGGUGGCUACUAUGAAGCAGUACUGGAGUAUGCCUUGGACCUGGAAAAUUGGACAUGUGUGCGGCUCAACAGUUUUCUCAGGGGAGUUCAGUGACCUUUUGGUGGCUACCCUCUGCUCUCACCUGAGUCCUGCAGGUGGUGACUUUACCUGCAAGGUUAGUUACGUAGCCCCACUCAGCUGCUUCUGAAAGGGUGAUGGAGCAGUAGUCUUCAGUGUGUGUGUGUGAGUGAAGAGGACCUUGUGGUAGCAGGGACCAUGCUUCAUUUGUGGCUGUGUCCGCAGCCCAGGGCCUGGUAUGUAGCAAGAUCAAUAAAUACUUGUGGAAUGCA